CUAUAAAAAUUGGACCUAUUACCUACCUGCUUGGCACUCAGCAUCAAGGGUUGGAAUUGGGGGUUAAAUCACCAAAAAUGAUUCCCGGGCGCGGCACCGUUGCUGCCCACUGCUCCCCUCACCUCCCAGGGGGUGAACAAGGGGAUGGGUCAAAUGCAGAGGACGAAUUUCACUACAUCUAGUGUGUGUGUGACAAUCAUUGGUACUUAAGUACUUAAUAUUGUACAUCAAAUAAUAAAGACAUGUAAUGAUAAAGAUAAUAGUGUAGAUAGUUUAUUCAGUAAUAAAUGUAUAAAUCAAUCCAACAACAAAGGGGUAAAGGUGACAGAAACACUGUUGUGUAAUAAAUAAACACAAUAUAUAUUUUAUAUAUUAAAGCAGACAUUGUAUAGUUAAUAAUUACAUAUAAAACUAACACAAUUAAGUCCAUGUUCAUUAGCAUCUUUGACCUUUUUUAAAACACUGGCACGCAUACACAAGCACACGCACAAAGGGGGUGUGUAGAGCUGCUACUUCCUGCUCAAAGCUCAAAGUCCAACGGACAGAAAGGAGACACGCAAGACGCCACACAGAAGAGAAUAACUCUUCUAAGUGGUUCAAUCGGUGACAUUUGACAAGAAGAAGAAGAAGCUGCUAGGAUCCACACGUAGAAGUUCAAAGUCCCUAAUGGAUUGUACCUGAGGCCCAGCAGGAGGGAGAAUCCUGAGAGCCAGCGGUCAGAACCCGGAGCGGCCAUCUUGGGCCAAUAGGCGGCGCCCCCUGCCUGCCAGCAUGGAACCUCACGUGCACGGCGAGAAGGAGGCGCUGCAGCAGUUCUUUGGUGGUCGGGAUGUGAGUCAUGUUCUGGACAGUUCUGUAGCCGUGGAUACCAGCAUCCUGGAGCGCUACCUGAGCAGUGACUUGGACCCGAACACUUUCGCGCUUCCUGACUCCCCACCUGACUCCGAGGCCUGCUCUCCUGAGCAGAUCCCAGAUUUGCAAAUGGAGCCCUCCUAUUGGUCCAACCAGCCCAUGGUAGCAAGGCAGCUUGCUAACUGCGCCUUCUUUGCAGACCACGCCUACAUCCCUCCUGAUCGCCUGCUGAGCCACGACCCCGCCUCGUCCGUGGUCAGGUGUGCGUCCUCAGCGGUCCCGCCCACACAGCGCUCAGGUGGACACUUGCUGCAUUCAGAUAGAUGUUGCCUUCCUUCGCCGUCAACGCACGGCGUCCCCUGGACGGCUUCGGCCCCGCCUGCAUCCACCAGCUUGCCAGGCUCCGCCUCCAUACCACACACCAGCUCCCCUGUCAGUAAAAGAAGACGAAGCGGCUCGCAGGACUCUUCAGCGGAACCGGAGACGAGCCACAGAGACGCGGCCUGCGGAGGACAAGGUUUGAGCGGCUUGUUGACGUGGGAGAAGUUCCGUCCUGGGGAGUGGAACACCGCCAUGGACGUCAGCUUCCAGACGCUGUGUCCUCCCGUCUUCCUGGUGGACACAGACAAGGGUUUCAACUACUCGCCAGCUGACGACGCCUUCGUCUGCCAGAAAAAGAACCACUUUCAGGUCACAGUUCACGUGGGCGUGGCUACAGAGCCGCGCUACAUGCCCACGUCCCACGGCGUGCAGCAGGUGGACCACUUCCUCGUCAAAGUGUUUGGAAUCAAGUUGGAAGCUCCCGAGCAUCAUGUGACCAUCGAGCAGUCUCAGGCCGACCGCAGCAAGAAACCUUUGCUGCCCGUCAGGGUGGCUCUGAACGGCGGCGGGAUUAGCAAAGUGACGCUAGGACGCCUCCACUUCAGCGAGACCACCGCCAACAACAUGAGGAAGAAGGGACGACCCAAUCCGGACCAGCGAUAUUUUCAGAUGGUGGUGGGCUUGUAUGCCGCCAUCAGGGAGGAAGAAGAGGAGAAGUCCUUCCUCAUGGCCGCCCUCAUGUCAGAGCGACUCAUCAUCAGGGCUUCAAACCCAGGUCAGUUUGAGAUGGAGAGCGACACCUUGUGGCAGCGCGGGGCGGUGCAGGACGCCGUGAUCUGUCACGGCCGAGUGGGCAUCAACACGGACGCCCCAAAAGAGGCGCUGGUCGUCUGCGGCAACGCCAUCGUCACAGGAAGCCUCAUGCGGCCGUCGGACCAGCGGGCCAAAGAGAAUAUUCAGGAGGUGGACCCAGAGAAGCAGCUGAAGAACAUCACGCAGAUGAGACUGGUGGAGUUUGACUUCAAGCCUCAGUUUGCCUCCAGCAUAGGGAUAGACCACGCCCACCAAACAGGUCUCCUCGCUCAGGAGCUGAAGGAGCUGCUGCCGUCGGCCGUCAAGGAGGUGGGCGACAUAACGAGUGGCGACGGCCAGAAGAUCGAGAACUUCCUGGUGGUGGACAAGGAGCAGAUCUUCAUGGAGAACGUGGGUGCCGUGCAGCAGCUUUCCAAAAUGGCCGACAACCUGGAGAGCCGCGUCACCGAGUUGGAGGUGUGGAAGCGACGCCUCGCCAAGCUCAAGAGCCUGACAGGAAGCCUGCGCUCCACCAGCACCGCGUCCAGGAAACAAAGCAUUGUGUCGGCGUCGCAUGCUUUUCACGUACCCACAAAAUCAUCCACCACGGGCGACGGCGGCCAUUGUGUGCCGCACAGAACCUUCCAGGCCUGCAUCUUCACGCUGUGCAUCACCGUGGCAGUUUGCAGCAUGACUAUUGGCGCCCUCUACCUGCUCAGCCUAUCACAGCAGAGCGACAUGUCUGCAGGCACCAGUAACAGCAGCGUAAUUCCUGGGACAACCACGGCCGGCAGCAGUUCAGCCCCACCCACAUCCCCUUCCUGGCCCACCAUGCCCUGGCCCCCUGACGUGCACUUCUGCGACUUGCUCUACUGCGACACGGUGUACUGCUGCCCAUCACCACCUGGGGGCCGCCGCAACGCCAACGUCACCUCCAGCCAAUCAGGUGAGGGCGAGGGAGCAGGCAAAAACAAAGAGGACUUUUUCCAGAAGUUCCUAAGCGCCAGAGACUGGACAAACACCAGCAUGGAGUCUUUCAUGAUCAAGGAGAACCAGCAGGUGAUUGACAGGCGCUACUGUGUGAGAGACGAGUGCGGACCCGACAGGUUCGUCUUCCAAGUCCCCAUCAGCCCGUUUGUCCCCGUCAACAUGCGAGUGACGCUCCUCAUGAACUCCAAGCAGCUGCUGGUCGUCCACCUGUGCGCUUUCCAAGAGUCGUCCACGUGCGCCAGUGUGCACGACAGAACCCACGUGAGCGCCGGCAGAUACCCUUCAAACACUCAGGGGGAGCACGAGUGGCCUCUGCACGUCGCUCGUCUUCAUCACAGCUCGUAUCACUUCCGUUCUGCGGUGGCCGGUCAAGCCGACUGCAGUACUAACCAUCACUUCGCGGAGGCGCUCUUCACGGACUACCACUUUUACUUCUACCGACGCUGCACCGACUGACUUUAAUGAUGUGUAUUAAGCAUGUAAAUGAUGUCAUCCUUUAGUGUGUGUAUAUAUUAAAAAGACAAAAUCAACUACUACUUGUUUCGAUGCGGGCCAGCGUACCGUCUCACAGCAGGACAUCUUUCAGGACAGACGGAUGGACGCCGGCCGCCUGCAGACUCCGCUCCAGUCGGUGCAGGGUGGCGUUCUUCCCCUCAGAUUGUCUCCAUAGCAACAGAGCGGCCAGCGUGGUGCCGUGAUGGCUGAGGGUGUGAUCGGCCCGGCAGCGAUACAAGGCGGCGGCGGACACGCCUAAAUCCAUCAGCACAGCCUCCCACUCACCACCCAGAAGAGAUGCCAGGCGGGACAGCUCCUGAUCGGAAGGAAUUUUCUGUCCAAGCGAGCAAGGAAGACACCAGAUGUCUGCACAUAAACAUUACAAAAAACAUUUACCGUAUUAUACAGUUUUUUUUCAUAGUUUGGCCGGGGGUGCGAUUUUUACUCUAGAGCGAUUUAUGUGUGAAAUUAUUAACACAUUACCGUAAAAUAUCAAAUAAUAUUAUUUAUCUCAUUCACGUAAGAGACUAGGCGUAUAUCAGCAAUCGUCACACACACACGUCAACCAAUAAAAAUUUGGCGGGGGCGGGUCGGGCAGAAGUGCAUUGUGAAAAAAAAGAUGCUACCUGCUACUACUUCCGUACCUAUGAAAAUUGAUAAUUUCAACAUUGGCGGUAACUUAUAAAAACUGA